AUGGCCGGUAUAUUGGAGUGGAGAUUGACCGUAUCGGAUGGAUCGUCCCAGGAACUCACGCCGGAAUUGAGGUGGACGUAUCGAGCGUGGACGAGCGUGGUGAGAUUGAUUGUAGGGUUGAGAUUAAGAAUUUUGAAAUUCAUGGAGAAGAUAUGGAAAUUGGCAGUUGAUGAUCCUAGAAGGGUGGCCCACUGUCUAAAGGUUGCGACGGCUCUGACUGUGGUGUCGCUCUUUUACUAUGUGAGGCCUCUGUAUGAUGGUGUUGGAGGAACGGCUAUGUGGGCAGUCAUGACUGUUGUGGUGGUCUUUGAGUACACUGUAGGUGCAACACUAUCCAAAGGCUUAAAUAGAGGAAUAGCAACACUACUGGCCGGAGCUCUUGCCAUUGGAGUUCAUGAGCUUGCACAUCGGUCAGGCGACAAAGCCGAGCCCAUCAUCCUCGGUGCCUCUCUCUUCCUUUUUGCUUCCGCCGCGACCUUCUCUCGAUUUAUUCCGACGGUGAAGACCCGGUUCGAUUAUGGUGUAUCAAUCUUCAUCCUCACCUUCAGCUUGGUUACAGUCUCGGGCUAUCGGGUCAAUCAGUUGGUCGAGUUGGCGCAUCAGCGGCUGUCAACCAUAGCCAUCGGCGGCGCCCUGUGCAUGGUAAUCAGCAUGCUUGUGUGUCCCGUUUGGGCUGGCAACGAUCUCCACCUCCUCAUCGCCCGAAACAUGGAAAAACUAGCCAUGUCCUUAGAUGGAUGUGUAGAACAAUACUUCAAUGACAACGGAAAUGCAUCCGAUGACGAAGAAGCCUGCCAAGAGCUGAACGGUUACAAAUGCGUGCUUAAUUCGAAGGCGGCAGAAGAAUCGCUUGCCAAUUUCGCAAGAUGGGAGCCAGCCCACGGCCAUUUCGGAUUCUGGCAUCCAUGGAAGCAGUAUCUCAAGAUCGGAACCGCGUUGCGCUUCUGUGCUUAUUGUGUAGAGGCACUCAAUUGUUCUAUCAAUCCAGAUAUUAAGGCACCUGAGUUCAUAAAGAAGCAUCUAUGUGGUCCAUGCAUGAGACUGAGCCUUCACUCUUCCAACGUACUGAAAGAACUUUCAAUCACAACCAGAACCAUGAGGAAAUCUUCCACCAUAGACUUUUCCAUUGGAGAGAUGAACGGUGCCGUAGAAGAUCUCCAGAAUGCCUUGAGAUCUCUUCCUCACCAGCUUCCACCACCACCCACAUCAUCAACAGAAGAACAUGAGGUGGACAAAAACCGGCACAACUCGGUACCACCCAUCGUAUCGAUCAUGGAAGUCAUGCCGCUCAUCACGGCCGCAUCAUUGCUGAUCGAGAUUGCAGCAAGGAUUGAAAGCGUGGUCGACGCAGUCGAAAAGCUGGCGGGCCUAGCAAGCUUCAAGCAGGCUGUUGACGACAAGCCUGAUAAGCCCAAGCGGAUUGAGGCCCACAACAAGCCUACAUUGGAAGAACAAGGACAAGAAGGCAUGAAAGCCCUUGAAGUGGCCUGA